GUACUAUCUACGUAUUCGAACGUUAUCAACACUCGUCACUAUGAAGUUCCAGAGCGCAGCUUUUGCUAUUAUGGCUAUUGUGCCAGCGUUGUGCGCACCAACAGCGGAAGGUGGUGUAGAAGCGAUUCAAGCCAACAAAAUGGAGAAGAGACAAGUAAGCGCGCAAAAUACGCUAGUCUGCAAUACCAAUCUCGAUCUCAGGGUUAGCGAAGAGAUAGGAAGAGGAAUCUUCAACAGUGUUUGCAUUGGGUUUUUUAAGUGUGAGCAUUUGAUUGCGCCGAUUAUAACCGGCAAUCACUAUGUUGGAGGGUGUAUCAACUGCCCUAUUAAUCCUCGGGCUGUUUUUGGCGGAUGCCUUUUGACGCGGAACUAAUAAAGAGUGGGAGUGUGACUAGAAAUGGGAUUGGAAGUAGGAGUGUAACUGGGAGUGAGAGUAGGACUAGAAGCUGGAGUAAGAGUAGGACUAGAAGCUGGAGUAAGAGUAGGAGUAGGAGUGGGAGUUGGCGUAAGAAUUAGA